AAUAAAAGCCCGAGUGUGUGAAGUUUAGACCAGAGACGGAACCAGGAGGUCCACAGACCUCAGGGACGGAACCAGGAGGUCCACAGACCUCAGGGAGACGGAACCAGGAGGUCCACAGACCUCAGAGACUGAACCAGGAGGUCCACAGACCUCAGGGACGGAACCAGGAGGUCCACAGACCUCAGAGACGGAACCAGGCUCAGAGAUGGAACCAGGAGGUCCACAGACCUCAGAGACGGAACCAGGAGGUCCACCAACUUCAGAGACGGAACCAGGUUCAGAGAUGGAACCAGGAGGUCCACAAAUGUAGACAGACAUCUAAAAAACAUUGAAACACCAACAGGAAGAAAAGAGCGGUGAUGGGAAAUGAAGUGAGCUCAGUCUGUGAGGAAAUAAAAUCAUGACAUCAUCAAAGUAAUAAAAACAAAACAGGAAAUGACAUCACAGUGACUCAUAAAGGAAGACUUUCAGAGCCGCUCCUGAACGCCUCACUGUGACCGAUGAGCGCUGUCUUCUCGCGGGACUUCACCGCCCCUGCGCUGUGCUCGGCUGGGCCAGCGCUCAGAUCUCGCGGUGUUUGGUGACUGACGGCGGCUGUGAGGGGGCGGGGUGCAGCAGGAGGGCGCAGAGAUGUUUGGCUUUUUUUUUAUAUAAAAUUAUUUAUUUAAAUAAAAAUGGCCGCCGUGGAGAGCGGAGAGGAGAGACUGGAAGAGGGUCAGGAGGGUGAGGAGGGACCUGUCGACCCCCGGCCCCCCACUAGAGAGAGAGACAGGUCCCACAGUAAGACCAAGAAGGCCCGCCGGGAGCGUCGCCAUGCCGACCAGGGGGCAGAGACCACUGCCUCGGACACGCCCCCAACAUCCGUGCUGCAGUCGCAGACAGAAGCAGAACCACAGAUGCAGGUGUCUGAGCCGGUGGCGGGCCCCUCAGAGGAGCCGGGGUCAGAGUCAGCAGCUGGCAGCGAGUCAGCAGGUUCUCCGAGGCAGCGCCGCUCAAUCAUUCGGGACCGUGGACCGCUGUACGACGACCCAUCGCUGCCUGAAGGCUGGACCCGCAAGCUGAAACAAAGGAAGUCUGGUCGGUCAGCGGGAAAGUUUGAUGUCUACCUGAUCAACUCCGAGGGGAAGGCUUUUCGUUCUAAGGUUGAACUCAUCGCCUACUUCCAGAAGGUUGGCGACACAACCACCGACCCCAACGACUUCGAUUUCACUGUCACCGGACGUGGAAGCCCCUCCCGCCGCGAGAGGCGUCCACCUAAGAAGCCGAAGGUGGUAAAGCCAUCGGGGCGAGGCAGAGGACGGCCCAAAGGCAGCGGGAAGAUGCGGCAGGCUACAGAGGGCGUGGCCAUGAAACGCGUGGUCGAGAAAACUCCGGGCAAACUGCUGGUCAAGAUGCCCUUCAGCAAGGCAGAGUCCUCCACUGGCACCGCCUCCUCCACCUCAAAGGUGGUGUCUCCCGCCCUGGUGCCCAAGUCCCGCCCCGGCAGGAAGAGGAAGUCAGAACAGGAACUUCCGCCCCCACCACAGACCGCCCCCAAGAAAAGAGGCAGGAAACCGGCCGCAGCCUCGGCGGCGUCAUCGGUCGCCACGGCGUCAACCUCCUUGGCAUCAACCUCCGGUAGCUCCACAGCUGGGAGCUACGCCGCAGCCGCCAUCUUAGCAGCAGAAGCCAAACGGAGAGCUGCCAAGGAGUCUUCCACCAAACCCGUCGUCCAGGAAACAGCCCUGCCAAUAAAAAAACGCAAAACAAGAGAGACGGUAGAGGAGAGGGAGAGCGUCCAGGCGCCAGCGCCCACCACAGCCGAGACCCAGAGGAGGGUCGCUGUGGAGGUGGAAGCAGGCAAAGAGGAAGGAGCGCCACCCUCAGAGCCUCAGCCCGCCCCCUCCGAGCAGAGCCAAUCACAAUCACGGAAGCAGCCCACUGCUUCAGAUGAAGGCCAAUCACACGGACACAAGGCGCAUAAAGGGAGGAAGCACAAGGAGAAGACAGCAGGAGAAGAGGUUGAUGAAGAUGAAGGUGACAAGGGAGGAGAGGGAGGAGGAAGGAGUAGCAGCAGCAGCAGUAGCAUUAGCCAAUCAAAAAGCCACAAAAGGAAGGAGCGACCGCCUCACAAACACCACCAUCAUCACCACCACCACCACCAUCAUCAUCGCCACCAACAUUCCUCUGCCUCCACGUUGGAUCAGCCUCCGCCUCCUGCUCCACCACCUCCUCCAGCCUCUGGACACCCAGCACCCUCCACCCAGUCUAAGCCUGAAGUCGAGCCCCAGGCUGCGCCUCAGGUCACCACCCAGGACUCCCAGCAAGCCCCUCCCAGACCACAGUCCAAGUCUGCCACUCAGUCCCUGCCUGAACCUCGUCAUCCUGCCCCUCAGCCACGCCAACAGCCUCCACCCCGGUCCCAGCAGCAUCCCAAGACCCAGACCGAGCCUCGGUACCCAGCAGCCCAGCCCUCUCCUACCAGACACGUCCUGCCCCAACCACGGCCCCAACAGCCCCCAUCCCAGUCCCACAGUCAGCCCCAGGCCUCCCUGCAAAAAACCCAGUCACAGCCUGUCCUUUCCCCCGCCCAGCACCGGACCCAGCUCCAGGUACAGCAUGCUCCACCACAGCCCCACCCUCCUCAGUCCCCCUCCACCCUGCACAUCCAUCCAUCCCAAACAAGACAUCCACAUCCACAGGCUCAGUCCCCCACAGCACUCCAACCUCAGACCCAACCCAGGCACCCGUCUCAACCCCAAACCCCGACCAAACAACAGUCUCAGACCCGGCAGUCACUGCAGCCUCAACCUCAAACCAGGUCCCCAGCCCAACUUCAGACUCAGUCCCAGUCCAGAAUCCCAGCCCAACUGCAGCCCAGAACACCUGUCCAAAUGCAGUCUCAAACCCAGCCUAGAACCCCUUCCCAAACUCAGCUUCAAACUCAGUCCAGAACUACGGCUCAGACGCAGCCUCAACAGUCCAGAACCACGGCCCAGACGCAGCCUCAACAGUCCAGAACCACAGCCCAGACGCAGCCUCAACAGUCCAGAACCACAGCCCAGACACAGCCUCAACAGUCCAGAACCACGGCCCAGCCUCAACCUCACAUGCAACCCCGACAUCAGGCGCAGCUCCUUCAGCAGUCGAGGCACCCAUUGCAGCAACAACAACACCAGUCUCAAUACAGACAACAACCCAGACAAUCUGUGUCCCAGCCCAGACCGCCCCAGGCCCAGUCCCAGACCCAGUCCCAAGCACAACCACACUUUCAGCGGAUACAGACACAGCCACAUCCUCAGUCCCAGCUCCACCCUCAGCUCACUAGGCCCCACGUGCAGCACCUGUCAUCCCAUCGACCAUCUCCCAGCAUAUCCAGGACCAACCUGGUCCCUGCUCAGCAGAACCAGAGCGAACAACCCCAGGACCUGAGCACCCCGCGGCCCGGCCGAGGGAGCCUGCUGCCGAGCCGAGAGGUCAGCAUUGAAGGUGUCCGGGCGGAGGGGAGAGCCGAGAUCCUGACAUCAGAGAGCAGAGAGAGUUUAGGAGGUGAAAGAGGGUCGAACAGCACCUCGAGGCCUCCUGGAUCUCCAGGAGUAGCCGGUGCCGGGGUGGGUCUGGUCCCUGGGGCAGAAGGUAGGGCUAGGCUCCGUGCAGAGCCAGAGGCAGCCGGCGAGGGCAGGGAGCUCAGAGACAUUGUUCCCCAGUCUGCCGUCCCCUGCCCCAGCCGAGAGGAAACCGUAGAGUCGCGGACUGUCGUCAGCGAGAGAGUCAGCUGAUUGGUUGGGCUGAUGAACAGCUGACUGAUCAUGGACUGACAGACUGAGUCAGCACCACGUGUAAGAGGAGUGACAGGGCUGUUCAUGGAGGUGUACCAAUGUUACUCUGUAGGACUGUUGCAGCUUCGACUCCGUCUGAUUCUGUCUUGAGACUGUAAAGUUCUGGAUCUGAACUGCCUGGGCCCUGAGGGACAGCUGAGGAUGGAUCGUGUCUUUUUCUAGAAAAAACAAACAAAAAGGAAAAAAUCGAAAAACAAGUGUGUGUGUAUAUAUAAUCAAAAGGCAGCUGUUGUGUCCCGCUAGUCUCCGUGGGGAGGGGGGGAGUAGUUUGGAACUAAACGCUUAACAACUCAUUACUCUGAACGAAACAUUGCUUCCGGAAUAUAACCUCUUUUUUAUUUGGUAUUUUGAUAGUUUCUUGUUUGUCUCUGUUAUACAGCUUUAAACUCUGAUAUUAUUGACUGACGGUCCCUUACUCAUCGUCGUGCUGCUGACUGACAGUCCCUUAUUUAAAGUCCUGCUCUUAACCGACGCACUCUCACUCAGACACAGUCCCUUACUGAAACUAGUCCCUGACUGAAAGCCUCAGAGGUCAUGUGGGCCGGCAGUUUGCACCUUCAACUGGUUUCUUAGACCUUUUAGUUCCUCCCCAUCUUCACACGAAGCCCACAAAGAAGGGGAUCACUUCCAGACCGCCCUCACAGGUAGCGACUCUGACGUCCGAGUGUGACUCGGCUCAGACCUCAUUCUGUCUUUGAACCCACUCGAGGAGUUCUCGAUCCUUGUGUCCGCCUCACAAACAGACGAGUCAAAUGUCGAGCGCUCCUCGUUUCAGACGGUCGUUCUUCCAGGUUAGAGAUUCUUCCACUUCCUCAUCGUUUGUUUUGGUCUUUCUGUUUCCAAAGGAAGCGUUUUAAUGUCAAACCAAACCCACUUCACGUAGCUUUAUUUUAGUUUGUAGUCUUAAAGAGUGGGAAGAAGUUUUUUUAUUGUGUCUUUGUGUUGAAUGUCUGGAACAGUUUGCACUCCUCCACUUUGUACAAUCAACCGCCUGCAUGUCGCUCAGAGAAUCUGCAGGCCUUCAACCGGAGCGGCAGGUAUGCAGAGGUCCGCCUCACCAGGUGUCACUGUCAGCCAUGUUCGCAAGGGACGACGAACCGAGGUCAAGGCGGCUGCACGUGGUCAGACGAGCCAGGGGCCAACGCCAAAUGAUGGAGUGAGCGUGAAACGUCCAGGUCUGAGAGCUUGAAGGAGAAAUCACAGACGACUGUUUACAAUGUAAAGCCUCACCUGAUGGCCCCGCCCUCUGAAUGAUGUCACAGUGCCUCGUCAGUGUUUUCAUUAACUUCACUGAUGUCAUAUAAAGUCAUCAGCAGGAAGCAGGAAGACUGACUGACAACUUAUUAAUGUGUUGAUACAUCCACAAGCUCUGAGGGUGUAUCCUCUGAGGGUGUAUCCUCUGAGGGUGUUUCCUCUGAGGGUGUGUCCUCUGAGGGUGUAUCCUCUGAGGGUGUUUCCUCUGAGGGUGUGUCCUCUGAGGCUGUUUCCUCUGAGGGUGUUUCCUCUGAGGGCGUAUCCUCUGAGGGUGUAUCCUCUGAGGGCGUUUCCUCUGAGGCUGUUUCCUCUGAGGGUGUUUCCUCUGAGGGUGUAUCCUCUGACGGUGUUUCCUCUGAGGGUGUAUCCUCUGAGGGUGUUUCGGUUUGCUCUGAGUCUUCUUCUGCUUUUAGUUCAGAUCCAGCUCAGGUAGCUCAGCAGCUCCACCUGGUGGCAGAAACAGAAUCGUGCGGACUGAAUAAAUGUUCAGAUGUCUGUCUUGUCCACAUCAGAGUCCUCUGAAGAUUCUCGUUAUCGACUGGACUGGUUAGUUUGAUGAAGACGCUUGUCCUCAUCAGGAGGUCUUUGACCUCCACCUGAAGGAGCCUCAUGAUGAGGAGAAACAUCUUCAGUCAAGUUGACUCUGAGAACCUUCAGCAGACAUGAGAGUGUAAACACAUCAUGUAUGUUAUCAGAACAGGAACACAUCCAGACAUGUCGCCAUGGUUACUGAAUUCAUCCAAAACUGACCCAGAACGUUGUAACAUGAGUGAAAUGCACCCUGGGAGUCGUAGUUGUCUCCCUGUGUGUCAUCUCUUGUCCGAUACUUCCGAACACUUGGUCCAGUUUGGUUCUCCUGGAUCUGAGCUCUCAGGUCUGGACUUCAGGACGCCGUUUGAACGUUGGCACUCUCCAUCCAUCUGACGGCAGUAAAAUCUUAGCACCUUAGUGAUCACAUGAUCUUCGGGCAAAGCUCCGGCACUUUACAAAAAUGUUGGACAGUUGAGCUUCUCCCCGUCGACCUGAAUGUGUUCGUCCUGUGCCUCCUUCUUCAGAGUCCUCUCACCUGUUGCGUCAUCGUGACCUCACACAGGUGAUGUUGGAUCGGCACCGCCUCUGCGUACCUGGCGCUCCGCCUGCCACCCAGUCUGCCCAGAGCAGUGAACCCGUUAGCAUGCUGUCUCUCAUGCAGCUGCAGAAAUCAAACGUCCCUCUGUGAACGGACUCACGCCACAGGACUCGACCGGCACAAACUACAGUAACCAGCCACCAUAUUGCAUGUUCCAGAGUUUAGUGCCUAUAAUAUUGUGCGUCUUGCCAGAAGCCACCAUGUCAGCCAAGCCAUGUUGUGUUUCUAGACUUAGUAGUGAUGUGUGUGGUGACUUCAUAGUUGCUAAUAUGAGGAUGAAUAUUCUGCUUUUACUCUGGUUGGAAUUCAGUGAAACUCCAAUACACUGUCGCUGUAGACAAACUAGUUUUUACCUGUUUUCUUAUUUUUCUUUCUAACUAAAAGCGUUUGUUGUCCCCUGA